GUUCAACAGAGCGUUGACGGCACACUGAGAUAGACAGAUCGAUUACCAAUAUUGAGCCUCUGCGCGGCAGGCGAGGCUCCUCCCUUUUCCCCGGAAAGUACAGGUGCGUACGGUCUAUGGUCCAGACUAGUUGGACUCUUCUCAACCGAACGGGGAAAUUUAGUGAAAAGCCAUGGCCGGAUGUCGGACGGACUGUAUUGAGGAGCCCUUGUCUAUGAGUUUUGGAAGCCUCGGACGCUUUAUCGGAAGACACCCCUGGUGGUUUUUGGUUAUCCCCACGCUGGUCUCCGUUGCCUUAGGAGGAGGUUUUUAUUUUUUGAAGGACAGAGAGGCAAAUGAUAUUGAGGAACAAUUUACACCAGUGAAUGGUCCUGCAAAGAAAGAGAGGCUUUUUGUUCAAGACAACUUUCCAGAAAACGAUUCAGUGUUUUCAGUUCAAAGGCUUGCAACUGAAGGAGCAUAUGCGUCAAUUUUAGCGGUUUCGGAAACCAACAUUUUAAGACGUGCAGCAUUUGAAGAAAUACUGUCCUUAUAUGACGACGUUAUGCAGAUAAGUGCGGGAGUGGAUCAGCGUAAAUACAAUGACAUUUGCGCUACUGUGCAGCAGAAUUGUUAUUCGAACGCGAUUCUGGACAUUAUUGGUUACAAUUCAAGCAACAUUGAAAGCAUCAACUUGACGUUCCCAAUGUAUAAAUCCUCAUCUGGUUUUGUUUUUCUGGGGUCCGCUGUAGGUGGUGUAAAUGAAUCUUUAAUAGUUGAACAAGCACAGGCGAUACGACUUUUUUUCUACUUACAAGAGAAGAGGCCUGAAACAUAUCUGUGGCUGAAAGAAUUCAUUAAAUUAUUUUCUGGAGAAUCGAAGUUGAAAUUUAAAGAGGUGUCGGUGUCAUAUUAUACAUCGAUCUCAAGGCAGCAAGAAUUUGAAGCAAAUUCAAAGACUGUUAUUCCACUGUUUGCAGCCACAUACGCCCUUGCAAUUUCUUUUUCCAUCGUGUCAUGUUUAAGGUUGGACAAUGUGAGAAACAAGGUGUGGGUAGCGACGUUUGGAGUGUUUUCAGCGGGCCUGGCUGUGCUGUCUAGCUUUGGCUUGCUGCUGUAUGUCGGUGUACCUUUCGUAAUGACUGUGGCCACCGCCCCAUUCCUGAUUCUAGGGAUCGGUGUGGAUGACAUGUUCGUCUUGAUAGCGUACUGGCAGAAGACCAAUGUGCACGACAAUGUAGAGGACCGUCUGGCGGAAACGUACAAACACGCAGCCGUCUCCAUCACCAUCACUACGCUGACCGACGUCCUGGCCUUCUACAUCGGGGUCAUGACUCCCUUCGGCUCUGUGCAGUCUUUCUGUCUCUAUACUGGCACCGCCGUCCUGUUCUGCUACAUUUACAGCAUCACGUUCUUUGGUGCCAUCUUGGCUCUGAAUGGUAAGAGGGAGGAGAGCAAUAGGCACUGGCUAACGUGCAUGAAAAUUCCAAAGACGUGUCCCCCAGAACGUUCCAGAUGGUACAGCAUCUGCUGUGUGGGUGGGGUCUAUGACAGAGAGACUAAAGCUGAGGAAGCGCUGCCAAUCAAUGACUUCAUUAAGAAAUACUAUGGGCCAUUCCUCACCAAAAAUUACACCAAAUUUUUUGUGGUCUUCCUCUAUGCUCUUUAUUUGUGUGUCAGUAUUUAUGGGUGCUCCAAUGUGCAGGAAGGAAUAAAACUUAAAAAUUUAGCAUCUGAUGAUUCAUAUGUUGUUGAAUAUUACACGCAUGAAGAUGAGUACUUCUCAGUGUAUGGUCCAAAUGUCAUGGUAGUGGUAGAAAAGACAGUUCCUUACUGGGAAGAAAGCGUGCGUUCCAACCUUAAGAAAUGCUUGAAAGAUUUUCAGAUGCUAACCUAUGUUGAUCAGGAACUCUUCACAUCCUGGCUUGAUGCAUAUGGUGCAUAUUUGGGAAAAUCCUCCUUGGAUUUAAACAACAAGACCGUAUUCAUGGAAAAAUUGCCUGCAUUUCUCAAGCUGGCUCCAGCAUUUAGGCAGGAUUUGAAUUUAACUAACGGGGAGAUACACGCCUCCCGCUUUUUCAUUCAGACUGUAAAUAUCACCAGUGCGCUUCAGGAAAAGAACAUGUUGAGUGAGUUGAGAUUGACAGCCAAAACGUGCCCAGUUCCUUUGCUGGUUUAUCACCCUGCGUUUAUCUUCUUCGACCAGUAUGCGGUCAUAGUGACAAAUACGAUUCAGAAUAUUUUGGUUGCCACUGCUGUCAUGCUGGUCAUCUCCCUCUUGCUGAUUCCCAACCCGCUCUGCUCGCUGUGGGUGACGUUUGCCAUCGCCUCGGUCAUCGUGGGCGUGGCUGGUUUCAUGGCGUUGUGGGGCGUAAACCUGGACUCUAUAUCAAUGAUAAAUCUUGUCAUCUGCAUUGGCUUCUCGGUGGACUUCUCAGCCCACAUCUCCUAUGCGUUCGUUUCAAGCAGCAAGUCCACUGUCAAUGAGAAGGCUACAGAUGCUUUGCACUCCCUGGGCUAUCCCAUAGUGCAGGGAGCUGUUUCUACGAUAUUAGGGGUGGUGGUGCUUUCUGUGGCUGAGAGCUACAUCUUUAGGACCUUCUUCAAGAUUAUGCUCCUGGUCAUUUCCUUCGGGCUGGUUCAUGGCGUCGUUUUUAUUCCUGUGUUCUUGACCUUUUUCGGGAUUUGCAGUAAAUCAGACAGGUGAUGCCUGUGGUUCCCAUAGAUACUGCUGUCUGCCACUGUGAAGCACAGAAAAAUUUCCUGGAGACGCUACAUAAUGGCUACAUAAAACAAAUUCCACUGGCCUUGGUUGUCUGGCUAAUAAACAAUCUGUCUAUCCAUCUAUGUUCAGAAUUUGUUUGUCUCAUUUUUGGAUUGUACUGGUCCAGUUAGGCUCAUGUGAUUUUCUACCCACAUAAAUUUAAUAUAUAUUCAAAUGUAAAGAAAGUGAUCCAGGUAUUUGUGUAGAGUACAGGUCUGGAGAGGUGACAGAUGACAGCUUUUGAAUAUUAAUGAAAAAUGGAUGAUUUAAUGUCUUUGAGGACAUUCUGUUGCAAUGCUUGAGUGGACAAGUGGACAAACUAGGAAAGAGAAUGAUGUCACAGGACAUGUGGACAUCACUAGGAAUCACCUGGUUCUAUAAAGUCUAUUCAUUUCCUCUAUAAACCAUGAGCUAAAUCUGUCCGGUCAGAAGACAAACAAUGUCACUGCAUACUGCUGUGUGGAAGAUAAUUACCAAUAUUUGGCUGGUGAUGAUAACUAUUAUGUGGACCAUUAUGCAUUAAUAAACAAACAUGUUUAAACCAAA